GUUUCAGUUUACUCGUAAAACGCGUCAGUGAUGUUUCGUAGUCGGUAAGUAGUCGUCGCGCGAACUGCGUUCACGCAGCUUUUCGUUGCUUGUAAUUUAUAAGGGAAUUUCUUCAAUUGAUUCAAUUAUUUAAAAUUAUACAACAAAAAGGAAAUUGUUUUAUUCUUAAACGGAAUUUUAAUAUUGGCCAAUUAUAUUAUUUUUCAUCAAAAUCUUUCUCAUUUUAGUUUUACAUUUCAGAUCAACCUAUGCAUAUCAUUGAGUCGUAUUGAUAUAAAUUAUCACAGAACUAUCAAUUUCUUUCUCAUUUUUCUACAGUUAAAUAAUGUAACGGAUAAUGAAAUUGGCCGGAUGACAAAAGAUAAAUACUAACACUGACUGCUGAUAAAAACGCCGCCAAAUUGAACGAAAGACUAAGAACAAUUAUAGUAGACUCAUAAUUAUUGGAUUUUACUCGUGCGCGCAAUGUGCAGUAACAAUAAAGAAAAUAAAAAUACGAUUUCCAAACACAGACCAAUAAAAGUUACAACAAUUGGUGAUGGAACUGUUGGCAAAACAUGUAUGCUUAUUACAUAUACAACAAAUGAAUUUCCUUCGGAAUAUGUACCUACUGUUUUUGAUAACUAUGCAGGAAUGAUACAUGUAGAUGGACAAGAAUUUGAUAUGACUUUAUGGGAUACUGCUGGUCAAGAAGAUUAUGAGCGAAUUAGACCUUUAUCUUAUCCAAAUACUGAUUGCUUCUUGAUCUGCUUUUCAGUGAAUUCUCGCACUUCUUACGAAAAUGUUGCAAAUAAAUGGCACCCAGAAAUUAAACAUCACUGUCCAAAUACACCUAUAGUUCUAGUUGGUACUAAAGGAGAUCUUAGAAAUGCAGAAAAUGUUGAUACAAUUACCUUUAAGGAAUGCAAAAAAAUGAAAAAAAAAAUAAAAGCUUAUAAAUAUGUAGAAUGUUCUGCUUUGAAACGAGAAAACUUAGAAGAAGUUUUCAAUGAAGCAAUUCGGGCAGUAUUGAAAAAACCAUCUAGUAAACUUUGUUGUUCAUUUUAAAAAAUUAAAUUAUAAAAUAUUUAUAAUUAAUUAUUAAAAAA